AUGCCAUCGACCCAUUCAGCUCUUUCCUCCUCAGCGUUGGUCUUGCUUCGUAACCUGAGUGUAUAUCCCAAAUCGUCCCUCAAUGCGCAUGCACCAGCUUCACAGACAGGUGCAGCGGAACUGAAGAAGAAAGCCAAGCUUUCUACAAACUCAGAUCUGGCUAAGUUGUUGUCGGUAGACAACCAGUGGGAUCCCAGGCACACACCUCUUGUCAAGUCUUUGGAUGAACUGGCCAUCAUGAAUGAGACGUUGAGACAUGUGCAAGAGCUAGACGCCUUGGUGAACGCUGUGAAUAGCAAGAGAAACGAUGGAUAUGCCCCCCACAAUCAUUCCAGGAAGUCUCGCAGCGCUGCUCCCCGACAUCCCCGAGACAAGAAAACCAAACAGAAGAUCAGAUCUGUGGCGGCAUAA